AUGGGCCAAUCGGUGGCCAAGGCGGACAACUUUGCCUGGUCCUACACCGAGGAGCCGCACGCGACCAGACGCAAAGAAAUCCUGGCCAAGUACCCGCAGGUGAAGGAGCUGUUCGGCCAGGACCCCGCCUUCAAGCCGACCGUCGCGUGCAUGGUGUUGGCCCAGAUUUGCUUUGCGUAUCUGUUGAGAGGAGAAGACGUCAUCGACACCGACGUGCCCAGCGAGAUCGAGUGCCACUUCUUCACGACGACGCUCAGGAAGGCGUUGUGGGUCGUGCUCCAGCCGGUCUUCUACGGAAUUCGCCCACUGUUGAUCUACCCAAAGGCGGUCACCGACCUCGAGCUGGUCAACAUCGCCAUCCAGCUGUCGUUCAACUACGCCGUCUACCACUACUGGGGCGUCAAGUCGUUGUUGUAUCUGUUUGGCGGGCUCGUUCUCGGCCUUGGCCCCCAUCCUCUAGCCGGUCACUUCAUCGCCGAGCACUACACGUUCCAGCCCGGUCAGGAGACGUACAGCUACUAUGGCCUUCUGAACCACGUGACGUUCAACGUCGGCUACCACGUCGAGCAUCACGACUUCCCGUUCGUGCCGGGGUGUAAUUUGCCGAAGGUCCGCCACAUCGCCCCCGAGUUCUACAAGGACAUCAAGUCGCACGACUCCUGGACGGCCGUCAUCUACAACUUUAUCACCGACCCGAAAAUCUCGCUCAGAAAUCGCAUCAAACGGAAGCUGGCCCCGGAGUCGGAGCAGCACUUCUACGGCGUCGGCACGAACGAGACGAACUACGUGUAUAGGAGUGCCGAGAAACUCAUCAAGCUCGCCUCACUGCCGCACAUGAAGUCUUCU